AUGAACGUCAACGCUCAGAAAGAUAAGAUCAUUGAUGGGUUCGAUGAAGCUGCUGCCAAAGAGUUAUUCGCCAAAGAUGCUAGAUUCAUGCUUCAAUGUCAGAUGGCUUCUUUGAUCAUUGAUACCUUCUUAGCUGGAGUAUUGUUAUUACAAGUUAUAAGCUAUUUCACAUACCAGAGGAAUGAUAAACUCUUUACGAAAGCGGUUGUACUUUGGUGUUCUCUGUGGAGUUUCACAAUCACUUGUUAUUACUGGGUAUACAUGUCGUACCUCUUUGUAGACUCAUAUGGCUUAUGGUUACCUUGGCUCGAAGUCAGGUGGUUGGGAAUGAUGCCUUUAUUCGAUGUCCUCUGUGUCUGUGCUGUGCAAAGCUUCUUUGCGUACAGAGCUUAUCUACUCGUACGAAGAAACAAGUUCGUCUAUGCAAUCAUCAUGGCACUGAUCCUUGCUGCCGCGGGCGGUGGUAUAGGAGUCACCAUCGUGUUCGGCUCACAACCCAGUUUAUUGGGUGCCGAUAAAUCCGGACCCACAUUGAUCACUUGGACUGCCACCACUACCGCUGCAGACGUGUUGAUCGCUGCAUGUAUCCUUUGGGGUUUGCUUAAAUCUAAAUCUGGUUGGGCACAUACCGAUCGAAUGGUCACUCGAUUGAUCAGAUUGACUUUUGAAGCUCAAUUACCACCUACUUUCCUAGCUUUGGCAUAUGUCAUCGAAUGGUCUCAAACUCCCUCGUCCUUGCUCGGAGCUGUAUUUCAAGCGCUUCAAUCAAAGGCGUAUACUGUUGGUUUACUUUUCACUCUGAAUGCCAGGUUAUCGUUCACUGUCAAUACGACAGAUACCAAAUCUGGAGGUGCACCCCAAGUAUACGCCAUGACGGAUCGUAAACCCACUCAGCUUGAAGUUACUGUCCAACAAGAAACUUACAUCCAUGACGACGUCUACGCCAAAAACAAUAACAACCAAGUCAAGUCUUCGAAAGGGCACGUAGCCAAAUCAGACUCGUUGUCGGAUUACGAUGAUAAUUCUCAUACUGUCGGACAUGAGAAUGGAAGUAGAGCGAGAUUGACUUUUCCCGAAGCUAUGGCUAAAAGUUGCAAUUAG